CUUUUUGCCGCGCAGCUUCCGUAGAGGAAGAACGCUCCCCUCGCCCACAGUGCUGCUAGCUAGCCCUUCCUCCUGAUUACCGGCACAUUCGCUGCAUGAUGGCCGAGGGAGGCGGACCCGACUCGGGUGGCGCGGCUGACUCCGACUCGGAGCCGGUUGCCGCACAGAUGCCCGCUGCGUCAACCGAAAACCAAAAACAGACUAUCGGCGCGCUGGUGAAAACUACACUGAGAAAGGGCGAUGAAUGGUAUCUUGUGGACAGCCGCUGGUUCAAACAGUGGAAGAAGUACGUGGGCUUCGACAGCUGGGACAUGUACAACGUUGGCGAGCGCAACCUCCAUCCAGGACCUAUUGACAACUCGGGGCUGUUCUCAGACCACGAAACGCAGGUCUUGAAAGAACACCUGAUAGAUGAGCUGGACUAUCUCCUCGUUCCCACUGAGGCGUGGAAUAAGCUUGUCAGCUGGUACGGAUGCCUAGAGGGCCAGCGACCCAUUGUCAGGAAGGUUGUUGAACAUGGCAUGUUUGUCAAACACUGCAAAGUGGAGGUCUACCUGCUGGAGCUCAACCUGUGCGAGAACGACAACAUGGACAAUGUGGUCACGCGCCAUUUCAGUAAAGCUGACACUAUUGAUACCAUAGAGAAAGAGAUGAGGACAUUGUUCAAUAUUCCGCUAGAGAAGGAGAUACGGCUGUGGAACAAGUACAUGAGCAACACCUAUGAGCAGCUGAACAAGCCCGAUAGCACUGUACAGGAUGCUGGCCUCUUCCAGGGGCAGGUGCUUGUUAUCGAGCGUAAAAAUGACGAUGGGACGUGGCCCAGGCAAGCCUCCCAUUCCAAGUCCAGUACAACACCAUCCAGGGCUUUUACCACUUCGCCAAAACUGUCCUCCAACUCGUCAGCCAGUAUCUCCUCGGCAGUCAUCAAUGGAAACAGCAGCUGUAGCGCUGGUUACACGCUCAACAACAGCGCCACCUCUGGCGGCAGGCAAGAACUGGGGGGCUAUAAUUCGUACAGCUCCUCUUAUAAUUACAGAGAGUCGCAGUCCCAGCCUGGCCUGUGUGGUCUCAGUAAUCUGGGCAACACAUGCUUCAUGAACUCUGCUCUCCAGUGCCUGAGCAACGCGUCGCCGCUCACAGAGUAUUUUCUCAACGACCAGUACGAGGCGGAAAUUAACCGGGGGAAUCCACUGGGAAUGAGGGGCGAGAUUGCUGAGGCCUACGCUGACCUUGUGAAGCAGAUGUGGCUCAACCGCAGCAGCUCUGUGGCUCCUCGCACCUUCAAAACCCAGGUCGGCCGCUUUGCCCCCCAGUUUUCGGGGUAUCAGCAGCAGGACUCCCAAGAGCUGCUGGCCUUCUUGCUGGACGGACUCCACGAAGAUCUGAACCGCGUCAAGAAGAAGCCUUAUCUGGCCCAAAGGGAUGCAGAGGGCCGUCCUGAUGAGAUUGUCGCCAAGGAGGCCUGGAAAAACCAUCGCUUACGCAACGACUCUGUGAUCGUUGACAUCUUUCACGGGCUCUUCAAAUCUACUUUGGUGUGUCCAGAGUGCUCUAAGGUGUCGGUGACCUUCGACCCCUUUUGCUACCUCACUUUGCCCCUGCCCAUGAAGAAAGAUCGGACUAUGGAGGUCUUUCUUGUACGAUCAGACCCGCAGUCCAGACCCACACAGUAUCGGGUUGUUGUUCCCAAGCUGGGUACGGUGAUGGAUUUAUGCAGCGCCUUGUCCAGACUCUGUGGAAUUCCUCCAGAAAAUAUGGUGGUGGCUGACGUUUAUAAUCAUCGCUUCCAUAAAAUUUAUAGACGGGAUGAUGGUCUCAAUCAAAUCAUGGAAAAAGAUGACAUCUUUGUGUAUGAGGUGCAGGAGGAGGACAGCGAGAGGAUGAACCUGCCCGUGUAUUUCAGGGAGCGACACUCCAAGCAGGCCGGAAGCUCCACAAGCACCAUGCUGUUUGGCCAGCCAUUACUCAUCACUGUGCCCAAACAAAACCUCAUCGCAGACGUCCUUUAUGACAAGAUCCUACAGAGGAUCGGACGUUAUGUAAAACGCCCGCAGAGCGCGGGUAGUGAGGGCAGAGCCUCGGCCUCGGCCACCUUUGCCAGCUGCAGUCAAGUUCCUGAAUGUUCCACGUCAUCGAGUGUCAGCACCAGCCUGGGUGGCUGCGGUAGUCCCUUGUCGGACAGGGCCUCCUGUGGUGCCAGCUCUAGUCUAGACGGCAGCAACCACUCUGGGGCCUGCACCGAAACUAACGGCCUUUAUGAUGGGGAGGAGGAGGCCAUGGACCACCAGGUGAGUCCAGAGCCAGAAAACGAUCAGUCUGACGAGGAGGAGGAGACGUCUGACUUGGAGAAUGCGAAGAAAGAGGGCGAGGGCAAGCCGGGCUCCUUACCGGCCAAGCUCUUUACGUUCAGCGUUGUCAACUCCUACGGAACGGCCAACAUCAGCGCGCUUCCCUGUGACGGGAACGUCCUCAAACUUAAUUCACAUUCCACUGUGGCCAUCGAUUGGGACUCUGAGUCUAAGAAGAUGUGUUAUGAUGAACAGGAAGCAGAGGCUUACGAGAAGCACGAAAGCAUGCUACAGCCCCAGAAGAAGAAAGCCACAGUGGCUCUGAGAGAAUGCAUCGAGCUCUUCACAACCAUGGAGACGCUUGGUGAACAUGAUCCAUGGUACUGUCCCACAUGCAAGAAACACCAGCAGGCCACAAAAAAGUUUGACCUGUGGUCGUUGCCUCGCAUUCUGGUUGUUCACCUCAAGCGCUUCUCCUACAACAGAUGCUGGAGGGACAAACUGGACACCGUAGUGGAUUUUCCCAUCAGGGAUUUGAACAUGUCUGAGUUUUUAUGUGACCCCAAGGCUGGGCCUCACACUUAUGACCUCAUUGCGGUGUCCAACCACUAUGGCGGCAUGGGAGGAGGCCACUACACGGCUUUCGGCAAGAAUAAAGUGGAUGGGAAGUGGUAUUACUUCGACGACAGCAGCGUGUCGUCUUCCUCAGAGGACCAGAUUGUGACGAAGGCAGCGUACGUGCUCUUCUAUCAGCGCAGAGACGAGGAAGGCCACUCCUCCAAAACGCAGCCUUCCGCCUCGCUGGGAGGAGCCCCCGACGCUGCCGACGACCACAUGGACACAAACUGAAGGAAAAGUGAAUCGACGUGCAGACGCUGCUUUAGAGACAAAGGCUUCCACCAGACAAAUCCAUAUUAUCCCCGCCAUAACCUUAUCCUUUGUGAUUUAUGCCUGCUCGGGGGGGGGGGCCCGACUGCUUGUUAAUUAGUCUGAAACCAGGAGGAGAAAUAUGGACGAGCAGAAUGUUAGAAGCCAAACACACGCUCAGCUGGUCUCAGGCAGUGUGAGUGUGAGUGUUCCAAGGUAUGUAUGAUGACAUCUUCAGGCUCAGGUUUUUCGGACAUGAGAGAAUGAGCAGAAUCAUAAAAGGCAAACGCGUCCCUGAGGUUCCACCUGACUGAUGUAAGGGAGCCACUUUGAAUUGUUCAUGAAGACAACAGCUGCCUGCUUCCGGCAUGUAGCCGGGACAUCUGUCAUACAUUCCCAAACCUUUUGAAUUCAUGUGACUUUUACGCAAAUUGCGCCCCCGCUCGCCUGCCCGAGUACGUGCGGCAACGCAGCUCCGUGGUGAAACGGUUACGUCGUGUGCAGGGAUGCUCCGAUCCAUCAGCCAUCGAUCAAACUCGGCCGACUUCCGUGAAAAAGGACGUGAUCGGCAUAUGCCAGGGGUGGCCAAACUUUUUGACUCAUGAGCCACAUUGGGUUAAAAAAAACUGGGGGAGGUGCCGUCUAUCUAUAGGUGGCAUCAAACAGAACGAUGUACUUGCUCACGGUGCAACGGCACGAAAACAACACAUCCACAGCAAGUUAAUGCAUCACCAAAAUCAACAACCAAGUGCUAAACAUAACACGGAAUUUCACACUUAUUCCCAGAUGUGCGCAAGGCAUGCUGGGUAGUCCAUCUGCAACAACAAUAUGAACUAUGAAGAAUGAAAAGCUGACUAUCAAGAGCAUGUUUGCUCCUCCUUGUUUACUUCUCUCAGCACCACCUCAACAGAUUUUGCGAUCAAGCAAAAAUGUGACAAGCACAGCAAAAUUGGCAGAACGAGUACCACAAGCUACCCGGCAUGCCUUGCGGUGGGAAUAUAUGGGUACAAGCGUACCACAAGUCAUGUUGCCAGAUAGGCUUUCCAUGUUAAAGGUUGGCAGGCCAGGUUAAGACGUUUGCCUACCCCUGGCAUAUACACCGAUGACAAAAGUCCAUCACCCGUGGCUCGUACUAUUGCAGCAUGCGAGCGUCUCAACGCCGGACACUCGCCCGUACGUGCGUGACAGAAGUCUCAAGCAAAUAACUUCAAGAAUAAUUGAAUUGAUCGGACUGGAUGACCAGUGGUGGAAGAUACCGUGUGGUUUGCCGGCUGCUCUGUCACUUGGAGCCCCGCUGCAGUCCUGCUAGAACGCCAUCGAACUAUGUACUCCACGUGACAGCGUCUCCUUACAGAAGGCGUCUCAUCCAAAUCCACUUAAUCUAUGUGAUUGGCAUCUGCUGAUUUCACUCAUGGAUGGAUCGGUAUCGGAAUCGGCGGCAUAAAAGCCUGAUCGGAGCAUCCCUAGUUGUCUUGAUGUCUUACCGAGCACACCCCAGCUAGGAGACGUGAACUUGUGCAAAAGUGGGGCUUUAUUUAUAGGAGAAGCGCACUUUAGAAAAAAAAUUAAUACAAUUGCCCCUCAUCCACAAUCCUUAUGUGACACAUGAACACUCAUCUUUCUCUUCUGUGUGUUCUAAAGAUAUAAAAACAGCUAAAAAGGGGCAGCUAAGUGCACCUAAUGGUUUUAUGUAAACGCGAGCUGCAUAUCAAUCAAGCUACAGCGACAUUGUUACGCCCAAGAACUACAGUACGGGCGUAGCGACACCUCGCCACACCACCCGGCUAGCUAUUAGCUAGCUAGUGACUAUGUUGCUAUGAGAAAUCAAUGCACCCAGGAAGGAAGCUAUGCUAAUGCUUAAAAUGAGCGUGGAUAUCAAACCAGAAAACCUUGUUGGAGCUUUUGGAGGUGUUUUAUAGGCCAAUUGGCGUGUCCCAUUACGAACAUUAUUUAGCUGCCUCUGUUUAGCUGUUUUUAUAUCUUUUUAGAAGGCACAGAAUCAUGUCUCGCAUAAGGAUUUCGGAUGAUGGGAAAAGUUCCCCCCAAAAAGCGGGCUUUUCCUGAAAGAAUAUUGCUCCUCCUGGUCAGUCUGUGUGUUAUCAGAUGGAGGCGGGGCUAGCAGCAUCCAGCCAAUGAUGUUAGUGCACUGUGCUACAUUGAAUAGUUCUAUCCAACUGGUAACCCAUGAGGCACAGGUAAAGGACGUUAAAUGCUGGCCCAUGUCGAGAAUACCAUGCUUUGCCGUCCCAACUGGACAAUUACGGCGUCAUGGAAUGCCGCCACCAUUCCAUCAGCAGCUAAUCUUCUGUUGGGGCUCGCCCCGCCAUCAUGACAGCAAUCCAAAACAAACCAUCUGAAGAGAUGUAAAUAAUCACACUAUUUUAAAUAGGUGUAAACAUUCUUGUCCUCAUAUUUAUCAUGCUGAUAUCUACAGGAUUUGUUUUUAAAUGGGAAAAUAUCUACAAUAAAGAUGGAUGCCUCAA